AUGGCAUGUUCGAAAAUAUUUUCGGGGGAUUUGCCUGAAAUAACAAGUGAAAUUUUAGAACAUCUUCGUAAUGAUUUUUCAACAUUAUAUUCAUGUAUUUUAGUUAAUCGAUUAUUAUGUCGUACAGCAAUUCCAUUAUUAUGGGAAAAUCCAUUUUCAAUACCUACACAAAAUUGUCAUUUUAUUGAAAUUUAUUUACAUUAUUUAAAUGAAUCAGAUAAAACAAAAUUAGAUGAAAUUGGAUUUAAUAGUAAUUUAAUUCCUUCAAAUCCAUUAUUUAAUUAUCCUAAUUUUAUUAAAUGUUUAAAUACAUUUAGAAUGGUAUUUUUUAUUGAAAAAUGGACAGUUAGAGCCAUAUCAACAUAUAAAAAAACUAAUAAUUCUUACACUUAUUCAAGUGCAAUAAAUUUUAAAAAAUUUUCAAAAUUAAUUUAUAGUUCAUUAUUUAAUAUAUUUAUUAAUAAUGAUGUUAAAUUAAAUAUUUUUGAAACUGAAAUAAUUACUGAUAAAAAUUAUGAAUUUUUUGAAAAUGUUAUUGAAAUAAUUUUACAAAAUCCAAAUUUUAUUUAUAAUAUUAAAAAUUUGAAAUUACAUAUUUAUAAUAUAAGUGAUGUAAAUUUAUCAAAAAUUAAUUCUUUUUUAACAUUUUUAUCAUCAAAUUGUAAUAAUAUUUCAUCACUUUAUUUAAGAUUUCAAAAUAUGUUUAUUAAAACUUUUUCUCAUAUUAUUAAUUCACAACAAAAUCUUCAAAAAAUUUCUUUUUCUUGUAAUAUCGUUCCUUUACAUUUAUUAUUAUCAUUAAAAAAUUCUAAUUAUUCAAAUACUUUAAAAACUAUUGUAUUUUAUAGUGUGGAUUUUAAAAAUACAGUUAAUUUAACUGAAGUAUUUGAACAAUUAAAUGUUUUAGAAUCUAUUCAUAUUCUUUAUUGUCAUUCUUUAAAUUCAAUUUUUGUUCAACAAAUUAUUAAUUUAUCUAAACCAUUUAAAUUAAAAUCUUUAUUUACAAGUGAAAUCUUUCCUAUUGAAUCUUUUCAAUUAUUAUUACAAAAAUCUGGUGAUUAUUUAGAAAAUAUUGGUUUUGAAUCUUUAACAAAUAGUAAUGAAUUAUUACUUCUUAUUAAAACUUAUUGUACAAAAAUUUCUAUUUUUGAAUUACGUGGUCUUGAUAAUCAAAAUACUCAUUCUGCUCUUAAUUUAAUUAAAAAUGUUAGUCUUAACCUUAAUUGCCUUUUUAUUGAUAAUUAUAGUAAUUAUGAUGAUUUAAGUUCUAUUAUAUUACGUAAUUUAGGAAAGAUUUUACCUUCUAGAUUAGAAUAUUUAAAUUUAUCUUUUAAAAUUAAAUUGGAUGAUUUUAAAAUAUUUUUAAAAGAUUCUCAAAAUAUUUUUAUUAAAAGAUUAUUAAUUAGAAAUAGGAUGUUUAAAGAAAGAGUAAAUAUUUUACCUUAUAUAAAAGAAUAUAUUAUGAAAAAUAGAAGAGUUGAAUAUUUAGCUAUUGAUGAAAUUCUUAAUAAUGAUAAAAAAGAAUUAUAUUCUUUAAAAGAUGAAGUUAAAGAAUUUGGUUUAUAUAAUAUUAAAGUUCAAAGUUAUGAUAAUUUAAAUAUUUGUUGUUAUAAAUAUAUAAGAGAUAUUUAA